CAAAGCCAACAAGGCAGUGGUUUGCCAAAGGAACAAGGCGGCGAUGCAGAAACUGUUGGGGUGGCUUGUGAUCGGCGCUCUAGCCGUUUUCGUGAGAGGUGAGCAAUGUGGGAGGCAAGCGGGGGGUGCUCUGUGCCCAGGCGACCUGUGCUGCAGCCAAUACGGAUGGUGUGGCAGCACCGAUGAGUACUGCGGCGAGAACUGCCAGAGCAAGUGCAAGGGCGGCGGGGGAGCCAGCGCUUCCAACGUUCGUGCCACCUAUAAUGACUACCAACCGGAGCUUCACAACUAUGACCUCAUCGCCACCAGAACUUUCUGCGCCACUUGGGACGCCUCCAAGUCUUACGCCUGGCGCAGUAAAUACGGCUGGACCGCCUUCUGUGGGCCAGCCGGCCCUCGCGGCCGAGACGCUUGCGGCAAAUGCCUCAGGGUCACAAACACCAGGACCAGAGCGCAGGUGACGGUGAGGAUAGUGGACCAGUGCAGCAACGGAGGCUUGGAUCUGGAAACCGGCGUAUUCAACCGACUGGACACCGAUGGCUUAGGGCACCAACAGGGCCAUCUCAUCGUUGAUUACACAUUCAUCGACUGCGGCGACGAGUUGGACUCCUCCGGCCGCCACCCCUUACUCUCCAUACUCCAACCCUAAUUAAGCUACCCAUAAGGCCGUUAGCCCGUUACCUUCCGAAUAAGUGGCCUAUAUGUUUCUGUGAAGCCUACCUCAACGUACGGCCACAGUAUUUUGUCAAUGUAUGCGCUAUAUUAUCCAUGAAGAGUAGAGUAAUAUGUAUGUAUGUAUGUGUUGCUCCGUGCUGAAAUCGAGGCUUCUCAUCCGUAUCAUAAUGUUCAAUUAAGCCGCACUCUCUCUUC